CAGGUUCUAGUGAUUCUCCUGUCUCAGCCUCCACAGUAGCUGGGAUUAUAGGCAUGCACCACCAUGCCCAGCUAAUUUUUGUAUUUUUUAGUAGAGAUGGGGUUUCACCAUCUUGGCCAGGAUGGUCUCGAUCUCCUGCCAUCGAGAUCCUCCCACCUCAGGCUCCCAAAGUGCUGAGAUUAUAGGCGUGAGCCAUCUGGCCUGGCCAGUAGCUAUCUUUUGAAGGAAUAGAAUAGGAGGCAGGUUUGCCCUAAGCACUUCCCAGCUUGACUUUCCCCUUUGGCUUAGUGAUAUUAGGGUCCCAAGAUUUAUUCUCCUUUCACAAGACUAAUGCCUGUCCUUUUCCUUUCAUUUUUCUGCAUGUUCUUUUUCACUUCCUCAUAAAUCCAUGGAUGCCUCUCAGCUGAUAACAGCAGCAGCCCUUUUGUUUUUAGCCCUAAUUCCUUUCCCCCAGGAAUGAAUCACUUCUCCAGCUGUGCUCUCUCUUCCUUCCACAGGGGCUUCUAUGCAGAAGAUGGCGUAUGCAAAUGCUGUAGCUCUCCUUGCAGAACGUGUGAAGGCAAUGCCACCAACUGCCAUUCUUGUGAAGGAGCCCUCAUCCUGCACCACGGAGUGUGCCAGGAAACCUGCCCCGAGAGGCACAUGGCUGUGGAGGGGGUGUGCAAGCACUGCCCAGAGAUGUGUCAGGACUGCAUCCAUGAGAAAACAUGCAAAGAGUGCAUGCCUGAGUUCUUCCUGCACAAUGAUGUGUGCCACCAGUCCUGUCCCCGUGGCUCCUAUGCAGACUCACGCCACUGUGUCCCCUGCCAUAAAGACUGCCUGGAGUGCAGUGGCCCCAACGCUGAUGACUGCAUCAUAGAGUUCCUGGGUCCUCUACGAUGGGCUGGGCUGUGCUUGGAGGAGUGUCUGGCAGGAACCUAUUAUGAAAAAGAGACUAAGGAGUGCAGAGGUUGCCACAAAUCCUGCUUGACCUGCUCAUCAUCUGGGACCUGCACCACCUGUCAGAAAGGCCUGAUGAAGAACCCCCGUGGGAGCUGCAUGGCCAAUGAGAAAUGCACCCCCUACGAGUACUGGGAUGAGGAUGCUACUAGGUGCAAGCCCUGCCAUGCUAAGUGCUUCCGCUGCACAGGGCCGGCAGAGGACCAGUGCUGCACGUGCCCCAGGGACAGCCUUCUUCUCAACACAACCUGUGUGAAGGACUGCCCAGAGGGCUACUAUGCCGAUGAGGACAGUCACCGGUGUGCCCGCUGCCACAGCUCUUGCAGGACAUGUGACGGGAGACAUAGCAGGCAGUGCCACUCCUGCCACCUGGGCUGGUUUCAGCUGGGAAAAGAGUGCCUGCUCCAGUGUAGGGAAGGAUAUUAUGCAGAAAACUCCACUGGCCAGUGUGAGAAGUGGAACAGGAGCUGCAAGACGUGCCAGGGCCCACAGCCCACAGACUGCCUGUCUUGCGAUACAUUUUUCUUUCUACUUAGCUCUAAAGGAGAAUGUCAUCGCACCUGCCCAGACCAUUAUUAUGCCGAGCAAAGGACACAGACCUGUGAGAGAUACCAUCCAACUUGUGAUCAAUGCAAAGUUGAGAGUCUGUCUGACAUUUUGCAUGUGGUAUAGAAAAAUGAAAGUUUUUCUUCCUUCUUUGCCCCUUUCUCUCUUCUCACCACCUGGAGGUUCCUCUUGCUUUCUCGCCUCAUGUAUCAUCCUCUCCAGCAUCAUUUGCUCUUAACUUCCCCAUCUUCCCUCUAACCUGGGCUGCUCCUGCCCAUCCCCCAUCCUUCAAGGCCCAGAGACAGGCAUCAUCUCCUUGAGGAAGUAUUGUUCGCCCACUCAUCAUUUUCCUACUCUACCUGUUGAAUCACUGAGGGAAACUUGUUUAUUUUCAUUACUUUCACUAUUCCCUGAGACUUCUGCCUCAAACUCUCCCAAGCUCCAUGCCUCUUUUACAGAAGCCUAGUUGUCUGUCCCAGAGAUCCUUAAGGCUCACCAUCUACCCACGAGCCUGGGCCAAUACUUUGAAGUUCUCCUUGACUCCUUCCCUUGAUGCCCGCCCAACCCACCCACCUCCAACAAAGCGAAACUUCAAGGUCUGUUGAUUCUCUUUCCCAAAUAGUUAUCUAAUGACAUCUUCUUCCAUUCUCACUAUCCUCAUUUUCCAUUCUCAGUAUCUAGUAUCACACCUUUUGAAACAGCUGGCUGGUCACCACUUCUGAAUCUUGCCCCCACACCAGGUCAUCUGGUACACUAAUGACAGAAUGAUUGUCCUAAAAUUCAAAUUUCUCAUUUUUCUUUACAUCUUUCCGUAAAUGUGAUCACCAUGAAUGCUUCUCAAUAUUUAGGAAAGAAGUACGUCUACAUUUUGUUAAAACUUUCGAGGCCGCUGCGCG